AUGUCCUUCGGCCAUGGACCAGCUAUGGCAAGUCAAAUAUAUCGGAUCUGCCCAAGAGCCCAACUUUAUGUGCUGAAGCUGGAUGAUCAUCUGUACGAUGGCCAACGUCGUAUUACAGCUCUGAGUGCCGCACAAGCCAUUCGUAAAGCAGUGGCUAAGAAGGUGCAUAUCAUAUCCAUGUCUUGGACUAUACCAAAACCAAAAGACAGUACAACCAAAGAUAUUCUCCGGGCAGCUAUCUCUGAAGCUGUCCGGGAGAACAUUCUUAUGUUUUGUUCCGCCAGUGAUGGGGGGCCAGUCGAGGACGAAAGCUUUCCUUGGGCUGCAGCCAAGGGCAACAUAUUUCGGAUCGGAGCUGCUACCGAUAAAGGCAUGGCCAGCCCUAUUGUUGGCGAUCCUACAGAUUUAGGGUUCACAUUUCCGGGUACCGAUGUGGAGAGAAAGGACAUGGACAAGAAGGUCGAAUACCAGACCGGCUCCUCUGUCGCUACUGCGCUCGCCACUGGACUUGCUGCCCUUGUGCUGUACUGUGUCCAGGUCAAGUUGCUCCGAACUGAGGAUAGGCACAAGGGGAGAGUCAGGCAGUCGUUCAAGAGAAUCAAAGAAUAUGACGGGAUGCUUAAGGUUUUCCAAGAUAAUAUUGGCACGACUCAGGAGAGCAACCACAAGUACCUCAAGGUUUGGAUCAUCUUUAAAAAAUACGUCGAUAACAUGAGUGUCACCACAGAUGAGAUGAUUGAUCAGAUUGCCAAUCUCGGGGAUGAAUUAUGCAGGAAUAUCUGA